AUGGCUCAUUUCACAGACAUGGACAUGAUGGAGCCUCAGGACGGCCCCGGGAGGUGUCAGGGCCAGGCGGGAUUCCUAGAAAUCUCCCAGCACUGCUUCCCACAGAACUUUGGUGACAGCCAGUUCUCCAUCUACGUGUCUGCGGGCAUCUCAAAUGGAUGUAAUAUAAACCCUGUCCCAGGCCUCCCUGGCAGGCCGUGCACUGUCCAGGUCAAGUUAGAGCUGGGACACCGUGCCCAACUGCGCAAGAAGCCCACAACGGAGGGGUUCACCCACGAUUGGAUGGUGUUUGUCCGUGGCCCCGAGCAAUGUGAAAUCCAGCACUUCGUGGAGAAAGUGGUCUUCCGGCUGCAUGACAGCUUCCCCAAGCCCAAGCGCGUGUGCAAGGAGCCCCCUUACAAAGUGGAGGAGUCGGGUUACGCUGGCUUCAUCAUGCCCAUCGAGGUGUACUUCAAAAACAAGGAGGAGCCCAGGAAGGUUUGCUUCACCUAUGACCUGUUCCUGAACCUGGAGGGCAACCCGCCCGUGAACCACCUGCGCUGUGAGAAGCUCACCUUCAACAAUCCCACCAUCGAGUUCCGGUACAAGCUCCUGAUGGCUGGCGGGGUGAUGGUAAUGCCCGAAGGAGCAGAAACGGUGUCCAGGCCCAGCCCCGACUACCCCAUGUUACCCACAAUUCCACUCUCUGCCUUCUCUGACCCCAAGAAGACCAAACCGUCCCACGGCUCCAAGGACGCCAGCAGGGACAGCAGCAAGGCCUGCAAGACCCAUAAGACGGCCAAGGAGCACCGGGAGCGGCCACGGAAGGACUCCGAGGGCAAGGCCCCCUCCAAGGAGCCGGAGCGCGAGCAGGCCAGGAGCACCAAGGACGCCACGCGGAAGCCAGGCGAAGGCCGGCCGCCCAAGGAAGAGAAGGCCCCGCCGGCCAAGGCCGCUUUCAAGGAACCCAAGAUGGCCCUGAAGGAGACCAAACUGGAGAGCAUGUCCCCCAAGGGCGGGCCCCCGCCCCCACCCCCGCCCAAGUCUUCCAGCAAGCGGCCGGCUGCCGCCGACUCACCCAAGCCCAGCGCCAAAAAGCAGAAGAAGAGUAGCUCCAAGGGGUCCAGGAGCGCCCCCAGCACCUCGCCCCGCACCUCGUCUUCCUCCUUCUCGGACAAAAAGCCAGCCAAGGACAAGGGCAGCGGCAAAGGGGAGAAAGUCAAGGCCGAGAGUGAGCCCAGGGAGAUCAAAAAACCCCCGGAGGUGGAGGAGUCCAACUCGGAGGAUGAGGCGUCCUUCAAGACAGAGUCUGCCCAGUCGAGCCCGUCCAACUCCAGCUCCAGCUCCGACUCCAGCUCCGACUCGGAUUUCGAGCCGUCUCAGAACCACAGUCAAGGCCCCCUGCGCUCCAUGGUGGAGGACCUGCAGUCGGAGGAAUCCGACGAAGACGACUCUUCGUCGGGCGAGGAGGCCUCUGGGAAGACCAAUGCUGGGAGGGACUCCAGGUUGAGCUUCAGUGACAGUGAAAGUGACAACAGUGCCGACUCCUGCCUGCCCAGCCGGGAGCCCCCUCCCUCCAAGAAGCCGCCCCCACCCAACAGCAAGGCGUCAGGCCGGAGGAGCCCAGAGUCCUGCAGCAAGCCCGAGAAGAUCCUCAAGAGGGGCACCUACGACAAGGCCUACACGGAUGAGCUGGUGGAGCUGCACCGGAGGCUGAUGGCCCUGAGGGAGCGCAACGUGCUGCAACAGAUCGUAAACCUGAUUGAGGAGACCGGCCACUUCAACGUCACCAACACCACCUUUGACUUUGAUCUCUUCUCCCUGGACGAGACUACCGUGCGUAAGCUGCAGAGCUACCUGGAGGCCGUGGCCACAUGA